ACAAGCAAACAUGUUUUACUGGGCCAACAGCGGCAGCAGCGGCUGCGGCUCUGAGCCUCUCGACAGCGUCGGUAACAUGUCUAAGAGCGACAUACUGAGAGGAAUCAUCACCGAGAAGCUGAGCACCGCCGCCCGGGAGAUCUUAGCGGUGGUAGAGAGGACUGUAGCCGACUACGAGGAGGAAGCGGUCGGCUUCAAGCGGGAGAUCGACCGGCAGAGGAGGCAGCUGGAGCUCCUGCAGCCUCGGGUCAAGCUGGAGAGGAGAGAUCUGGACAUCCAUGAACUGAUGGUCAUGACCAAAGACAAAGAGGAGGAGGAGCAGCAGCAGCAUACAUAUCCACCUGAGCUGACUCCAGAUCUGCACAGCCGUGAGGUGGUGAUGGAGGCCAGACAGGAGGACGAGCAGCACACGCAGCAGCCAGAUGUGGAGGACAUCGAGGCCCCAGGCCUCCUGCUGUACAGUGAGAAUCAUUUUGAAGAAGAGGCGGUGGAGAUGCCAUCUGUUCAGCCAGAAACAAGCUCCACACUGAAGGAACCGGAUCAUCAAAUACCUGCAAGGUUGUUUUCGCCCAAAGUUCAGUCUGAUGGGGGGAAGCCCAGGAGCACCUCGGACACCCAUCUAGAUUUCCGGAUUCGCAUCCUGGAAGACUGCCCAGGCAACGUGCUCUCUAACACUGUGUUCCAGAACAGUCCAGUCCAGCACCUGAAGUGUCCUCGCGAUCUGCCGGAGGCCGACUUCUUGGGUCUGCUGAGGUCCACCUUCCCCCAACUCGCCAAUGAAGAGCAUGUUCACUUCUUCAAAUCCAGCAAAAACAGGCUGCUGCAGCAUCUGGAAGUAAAGUCUCUGACCCCAGAGGAGAUCUACCAGGCCAUCAGGUCUGCUGGAAACUCGGCCCUCUACAUCCGACUGAAGAUGACGACUCCAGCUCUGCAACAAUGGCUGAUGAAACCAAAGAUAGCACAAGUGUUUGAGAAAUAUCCAUUGGGUCAUCUGAGGUGUCCUCGUGGUCUACAGGAGGAUGACUUCCUGGAGCUGCUGAGGUCCACCUUCCCUCAGCUGGCCACUGAUGAACCUUUGGACUUCUUCAUGUCCAGCACAAACAGGAAGCUCCGGCCUUUGAAAGUAGAUCCAAGGACUCCGGAGGAGAUCUAUAAGGCCAUCAAGUCUUGUGGACACUCGGCCCUCUACAUCAAACCUAAGAAAAAAGAUGUCGACUCCAGCUCUGCAACAACGUCGGCCGAUCAAACCGAAAAUAGCACAAGGAGGGAGAGCAGCAAUCCUCUGAUCAGUGACACACAGACCCCUCUAGAUUUCCGGAUCUGCAUCCUGGAGGACUCUGCGAUUGAUGUGCUUUCAAACAUCGUGUUUAAGAAAUAUCCACUGCAAGAUCUGAGGUGUCCUCGUGGUCUACAGGAGGAUGACUUCCUGGACCUGCUGAGGUCCACCUUCCCUCAGCUGGCCAAUGAUGAAUCUUUGGACUUCUUCAUAUCCAGCAGAAACAGGAAGCUCCGGCCUUUGAAAGUAGAUCCAAGGACUCCGGAGGAGAUCUACAAGGCCAUUGGUUCUUGUGGACACUCGGCCCUCUACAUCACACCUAAGGCAGCUAAAAAGGAAGAGAAGGAUCUUCAGUGUUUACAGACAAAUGUCGACCCGCCGUCCAGUGAUGCUGAGGCCAAGAGAAGUGAGAAAGCUGGACUCCAAACCAGCAGCCCUACUGAGCAGGUAGAUGGCAGCACAGUCGAGGUUCUGCCCAGCUGCUCAACAUCAGAAAACCAGCAAACUGAAAAAGAUGCUGCUGACAGCGAAAUGGACACCAGUGAUGACAUGAAUGGAAACGAGGUGUCAGAUGGAGACGGUGACUGGGAGCCUGACCCCACGCCACAACUACCGAAAACAACAAAGAAGGAUGUGGUCGAACUCUGUGUGAAGAGGCAUGAUGCUGACAGCGAAAUGGACACCGGGGAUGACAUGAAUGGGGACGAGGUGUCAGAUGGAGGCGGUGACUGGGAGCCCGACCCCACACCACAGCUGCCGAAAACAAAGACGAAGCAAGUGGUGAAAGACUGUGUGAAGAGGCUUAAGAGUGUAACGCCCUGUAAAGUGUGUGGGAUUGGGUACACUUUCUUUGGCAGCUUAAUCAAACACAGCUGGAGUCACGUGGAUGAGCAGAAUGUUUGUGGAGUUUGUGGGAAGACUUUUGAUUCCGUGGAAGAGUUAAAGGAACAUAUUCAAAAUUACCAAAAAACAUACGACUGUUCAGUUUGUGGUAAAUCUUUCUACUCCAAAGACGGCCUCAGGAGUCACACCUUGCGUCACACGGGAAACCUGCCUUAUAAAUGUAGCGUUUGCGGCAAAACCUUUGAUCGAAUGUCCGUCCUGAGGUCUCAUCGUUGGGUUCAUGUGGAGGAGAAACCAUUCCGAUGUGAUAUUUGCCCGAAAUCAUUUGCUUUUAAGGCACAGCUCACAGCUCACACCAUGGCCCACAUCUGUAAAGAGCAAUACCACUGUAACAUCUGCGGCAAGUCCGUCUCUGACCGCAAAUCUUUGAGCCGACACAGGCUGACUCACACUGAGGAGCAGCGGUAUUGCUGCCACGUCUGUGGGAAGUGUUUCAAACUUCACAGCACUUUGAAGCUCCACGAGCAGAUUCACACGGUCAGAGAGCAGUCGUACCUCUGCGAUAUCUGCUGCAAAACCUUCAUGUCCAAUAGCACACUAAAGGCUCACAUGAGGACGCACAGCACAGAGAGGCCGUUCAUUUGUGUCACGUGCAAUAAAGGUUUUGUGGCCAAAGCCGAACUGAAGAAACACAUACGAGUGCACACGGGUGAGGCGCCAUACGGCUGCAACAUAUGCGGACGUUUUUUCAAACAAAGGGCCGCUCUCAACAGCCACGUCAGGGGCCAUUCAGGCAUCAAACAAUAUGUGUGUGAGAUCUGUGGGAAGGCGGCCUCCCGCAAGUCACACCUGAAGAUUCACAUGAGGACCCACAAUGGAGAGAGACCCUAUAAGUGCACCUUAUGUGAUAAAGCCUUCACUCAGAGCCACUGUUUGAAAUCACACAUGGAGACACAUGAGCCUGAGGAAGAAAACCCCAUCCCGAGUCAGAUGGUUUGAUUAAUAUCAGCUUUGACCUGUUCUCUAUUUUAGUUUGAGUACAUUUCAUUUGCUACAGCUCUUUAAAUGUAAAGUGCAGUUUGUUUUGCUAAAAAAAAAAAAAAGCAUGGAAAUGUUAAUCCUAAUUUUUA